CCGCAUUCCCCCCCAGAUCUCUCCCCCAGACAUCGAUUAAUCAACCUUGUCUAGACCUUCGACACCCUUCCUCCUCUCGACCGCAACCAUGAGCAAGACAAUUUUGAUCCUCGGUGCCUCCUACGCUGGCCUUGCCACUGCCCACAUACUCCUGAAGAAGACUCUCCCCACUCUGAAGGACUACAAGGUCGUCCUAGUGUCUCCAACAACUCAUAUGUACUGGAACCUUGCUUCGCCUCGAGCCAUCGUCCCAGGCCAAUUCGGAGAUGAGAAGGUUUUCGGAGAUAUCGAAUCUGGAUUCAAGAAAUACCCAGCGGGCUCCUUCGAAUUCAUCGUCGGCACCGCUUCGAGCCUCGACCCUGAAACCAAAGCCGUUUCCAUCACCACCGCAGCUGGCGAGACGAGACAAGCCUACGAUGUAUUGGUCCUAGCAACAGGUACACGAACAAUCGGCGACCUGCCAUGGAAGAGCUCCGUGAAAGGCUACGAGGCCACCAAGGAAAUCCUGCAUAAAUAUCGCGACCAAGUUAAGACUGCGAAGUCCAUCGUUCUAGGAGGAGGUGGGCCCACGGGUGCCGAAACCGCUGGGGAGUUGGGAUUUGAAUUCCGGAAAUCCAAGGAGAUCACGCUCAUCACUUCGGCCCCCGAGCUCUGCGCCGACAGCCUCCCCGUCAACAUCGCAAAGGUCGCCGAGAAGGAACUCCAGAAACUGCACGUCAAGAUCGUCAAGGGCGUCAAGAUCACCGGUGUCAAGCCCACCGAAGAUGGAAAGACAGAACUCACCCUCGACAAUGGCGAGACCAAGAUCACCGAUCUGUACCUCCCCACCGUCGGUGUCCUGCCCAAUAGCGAAUAUGUCCCCAAAGCUCUCCUGAACGAAAAGGGAUAUGUGAUCGUCGACCAGCAUCUGCGCGUCAAGAACGCUACGGAUAUCUGGGCCGCCGGCGACAUCAUCGACAUUGAGCCUUCCCAGCUCGUCUAUUGCGAGAAGCAGGCUACAGCUCUAGCCAAGAACCUAGAUCUGACUCUCAAGGGCAAGGAACCCGUACCUUACAAGACCGGCGGCGACCGCGUUCUGGGCCUUACUCUCGGCCGCAGCAAAGCCACCGGCCGCGCAGGCAACAAGAAGAUCCCAAGUUUCAUCAUCUGGUUCCUGAAGGGUCGUACCUUGGGAACUCAGAAUCUACCUGCUUAUAUCAGCGGUAGCAAAUUCUAGACCCCCCAUCCGUGAUUCGUGUGGGAGA